GGGCGGGGCGUGCGCGCAGGCUUGGUCCAGAUUGACCGCUUGGGGCGGCGCGCGGUUUGGCGGGAUUUUUCUGGUUCCAUUUACCCGCAGAGCCUUGGACUCGGAUGGCUCCGUCGCGCCGGGUGCGGGGCCCGGGGCGCGGCGGUGUGAGAUCUUCAAAGAACUCUAUAGGAAAAACACAUUCCACGAAAGAUAAAGCUGGCCCAGAGCAGAAGCCUACUAAUGUAUUUGAUUUUCCCGAUAAUUCUGGUAUCUCCAGCAUCAGCAGACUGGGUGAACAUGAGAAAGAUGAAGAACCUUAUGAAAUCUUCGACCCUCCUUUACACAGCACUGCUAUAUAUGCUGAUGAAGAAGAAUUCUCCACACACUGUGGUUCACCCAUCCCUUCAACUCCUGAAGGAAAAGAAGUGGAGAAAAGGUCAGACACUUACGAAAUCGAAGCAAGUGAAGACACGUCUGUAGAAAUGAGUGCAAAAAAGCCAGCAAGAAAAGUCAAGCCCAUUAGCAAUGAAUCUGAAAGCCCCGAAGAAGGUCAUAUAAGAAGGAAAGUUAAACCAGCGGAGAAAAUGAGUACAGAGCAAUGUGAACCUGUUCCAGAUACACCACAUAUAUCUUCGGAACUUCCAGAGAAACCAGCUGAGUCCACCACUCCUAAAAGAGUCGGACCCCUUAGCGCCACGUCUGGUGUUGAAAAAGCGACCCUGGCGACAGAAAGUCGGUCGAAAACUCAGAAAAAGAAGAUGUUUCCCAGCAAAAGGAAGAAAUCAAGAAGUGAAGCCAUAGACUCAGAUACGUCCGACUGUGUUCAUAUUUGGUGUCUAAAAGGAAAGAAAGCCCGUGAUCUCAUGGAAUUAGAUGUUGUUUUGUCUGCAUUUGAGAAAACCAUCCUAGAGUAUAAACAAAAAGUAGAAUCUAAAAUCUGUAAGGAAGCCAUCAAAAAAUUUCAUGCUCAUAUGGAAGAAGAACUCCUCAAAAUGCUUAAAGACAUCCAGACGUCGAAAACCCUGAAAAGGAAGAACACGAAGAUUAUUUCAGAUAUUGAGAAGAAAAGGCAGCGUUUGCUCGAACUCCAGGAUGAACUGCUUCGGUUAGAGCCACAGAUGAAACAACUACAAAUAAAAUACGUCGAGCUUGAGGAGAGAAAAUCUUCCCUUAGGAAUUCAGCGUGUUUCUUAUCUAACUUAAAACAGCUUCAUCGAGAUUAUUCAGAUACUCAAGAGAAAGAACCACAUGUAAAAGAAACGUAUGAUUCAUCCAGCCUUCCAGCUCUGUUAGUUCAGGCAAGAACCCUUUUAGGAGCUGAGACCCAUCUGCAAAACAUCAACCAUCAAUUAGAGAAGCUCCUUGACCGGAAAUGAAGCCAGCCGACUAAAACAUGCCGAAUAGAAGGAUCAGUCCCCUGCUGCAGCCUGUGGUCUUCCGAUCCAUACUUUUGUAAAUAAAAACUCCCUGAAAAGUUAA